AUGCCUUCGAUGCAACCGUCGGCACACGAGAGCCUCGUGGUCGACAGUGGUUUGCCAAAAUACUAUGAUGCCGCUGUCGCCAUCCCGUCUCCAGUGUUCGAAACCCUUGCCCGCACGGCUCGGGAAAAUCAUGUCUUUCUCUCACUCGGCAUCGUCGAGAAGGAGGGAGGCACGCCCUAUUACACGGCUUUUCUCUUAUAUAGAGAUGGGAUGCUCCCUGUACAAUCACAGUUGAUACCAACGGCGGCUGAACGCCUAAUCUGGGGCCGCGGCUCCGGCGACGGACUCAUCGUCGCUGAUAGUGCGAUUGGCAAGGUUGGUGGAUUAAUCUGCUGGGAGAAUUACAUGCCCGCUGCUAGGCUAGCGCUGUAUCACAAAGGCAUUGAGUACGUGUGA